AUGGAAAGCAAUCACCUAUCGGCAGAGGAGGACCGGGAGCCUGGUGGUCAACAACCGUUUAUAAACUCACCCACGCUGGACAUCCCGCGAACUGACAGCCAGGCUGGAGCAGCCAGGUCUCCCACAAGGCCCUUCCCGACAAACAUGGGCGAAUCCGAGCCACAGGUCAAACUAGUCCCCAUCACCAGGAAGAUUAGCAAGGUGAAGAGGGGUAUCCCUGUUCACACCUGCGACCAAUGCCCCAAGACCUUUACCCGAGCAGAGCACUUACGUCGACAUCAACUGAGCCAUGCAGCGCCCGAUCUCCGUUGUCACAUUCCUACCUGUAGCAAGACCUUCUUUCGUAAGGACUUGCUCGAUCGUCACGUACAAGGACACACGCUCUAUGAUAAUGCCGAGGACCUACAAAUAACAACGGAAAGCUUCAUUCCCGGACUCUAUCCGCAACCGCAAGGCAUGCCGGACCUCCCUCCGCUCUUCAUCCCCGACGCUACACCGGGUAUCCCUUCCUGGCAGAACAACCAGACGACACCAUCGUACACCUCCAAGAGCACCUAUUCGAUACCUUCGGAUAACUCACAACGCCACCGAUUCCCCGUCCGUACCUCGAGUGGUGACUCGAGUACCCACGCACCGUACCAAACCGCCGCCAACGAGACUCGAAGCGCCAGCUUGGAUACCGGCAGAUAUCUCCCUUUUACAUACUCCGCCUCUCCACCAAUGUAUCAACCACUCUGUGGUGAUAGUAUGGACCUUUCUUUGCUAGGGUAUCAAGACAAGAGUCACGAAGAAUUCUAUGAUUUUGAUGAUCUUGAGCUUGAUUUUUCAACGCCAAAGUUCCAUGAAGACAUCACCUUCAUGUUUGAACCUAAUCUAAUUGAAGCUAGAAACUUCGGGACAUCUGCCACGAGCUCUACUGCUGCAACUGUGGAAUGCAGUGCUCAGGCUGCUCAGAAAAUGUCAGCACCAAUUUCAUCGAGACCUCAGGGGCAGCACGUACAGCAGCCCUACGUGCGGCCUGGCCUCCCAAUAGUGUUCUGCCAUCUGUGCAAUGAACACCCAGAGGGCUUCGAAGACGAUGGGAAGCUUCAACAACAUAAAAUCAAGAUGCAUGGGAGAACAGUGAAGAAGUUUGUCUGCCGCGACCCUGCAACAGUCGGCCUUGUCUCCAAGGUCCAGGCUGUCAACCCUCUGUCGAAUUGUCAGGCUUGUAGUACUGGAACGCAAUACGAUGCGGAUUACAAUGCGGCUGCACAUCUACGUCGUGUACAUUUUGAUCCACGGGCGUCUCGCAGACAGGACAAGAACAAUAACGAUGUACGCAGCGAUAAGGGAGGCGGUCCUCGACCUCGUGUGGAUGAUCUUGAAUUAUGGUACACGGAGAUACCCGUGGUGUUGCCACCGGAAGCUUUACAGGUCGACGUAUACCCGGGCUGGGCCGGCUGGGAAACAUCCAAUGAGUUGGAUCCGGAAAUACUGGCUGAGUUGGUACCACAUCAAUUCUGGUCACUCAAUGCGGAUAAAGAGUAUGCUCCACUGAACUUGCGAGACCAAGGUAUUGCCAAGACUGGAGUUCCUUGCACUGAUUCCGGCUAUGGAUCUGCUCCCUACCCGAAUCAUCCUGCCAACGUUGAACACCCACAGAUACGAAAUGAGAACAUUGUGGGUAAAGACGACCCAGACGAUAACGUGACCACAUACUCGGCAGCAACUACCGUUACUCCCCACCUCGCCCAUCAAUACAUAUCUGAAUUGUCGAAUGAUCUUCAUUCGAGAUUCCGGGAAUGUAUUGACAUCAAAACUUGGCCGACUGUGUUUCAUAUGCUUCCGGAGCUCAUCAAAGCUUUCGCCAUUAAGCUUGGUCACGAGUCAUCAUCCCCUCUGAAUCGAAGUAUUAUGUAUUUCCUACACAAGCGACAUCGAGAGUUCGCCGAUCAUGUGGAUUUGCUAGUGCGCGGCGGAGACGAGGAUGUUGCCGAGACUCCAAAACAUGGUGCCCAAGGCAUGUCUCUCCUCGAUAAAAUGAGUAUGUGGAACGAGCGAGCCGAAGAAUGCGACAGGAUUAAGGAUAAAGAGGCCCUUUUUGAGGGCGUCAAAGAUGUGGAGGAUGAUGACAUUUUCCAAGUCGAAAUGUCUGCAUACAGCGAGGCCAUUCUCGGUAGCACCGCGUAUCAAUGGUUCAUUGCCGCAGUCCGCAAGGAACACCUGAUUGACCGGGGCAAGGUUGAGGCUCGUGCUGUUGUUGAAGAAAUACGAGCAACGAUCUUGUGUAGACUUACCACAGGUUCGAUCAGCAAACGGAGACCUGCUCCAUCGUCAGGGGUAGCUUUUAGGCUUCAAUGGAAGCCAUUGGAACUCCGGCUCGAGCAAGAGCGGGCGAGGCUCGGUGUCGCGACGGAAUACCCUUUAUUCCAUGCUGUAUCAGUCACUGGACCUCCGGGGUCGUUCCAAUCAGCUACGAUCAUGAAUUACAUGAACCAGACAUGGCCCUCCAGUGGUGUCGGUCUUCUCGAGGUGCUUCAGCAGGUGGUUGACGGCAGUCGUGGAAUUGAAUAUUCAGUCAAUCUACCAGACAAGUCUCAAGUUGGUGCACGAAUUAGAGGAGAUGAAUUGUUUGUUACAGUCCUGGGGCCAGCUCAUUCACUUGCGGAUUGUGGUGAGCAGUUGUCUUGGCUCGCUGCUGCGCUGUCCCCUACCAGUCAGGAUCAUCUCAGUCAUUGCACGCCAUGGGUCGACGAGAAUCCAUUUGACUGCUACUCGAGUCUGGUCUCUUCAGUGGGUGAAUUCCUCACUUUUGAUAUCGAAAUUCAAGAGAAUCUGGUGGAACCUAAUCUAGCAAACACGCAUUGCCUGACACGACUCGUCGGAAAUCCCUCAUCUGUCGUGGGUUUCCCGACAGCUCGACGCCCAGAUGAUUAUUUUGGACUUGAAAUUGACAGAAACAUCCUGGCCUCAAUCGUCAAGAUGACUCAGAAUGGCUUCAUCUUCUCAACAUCUGGACAGAAACUAGAGGUGCUCAAAUGGACUAGCAAUGUCCUCCUUUGGCAUGUCUGUCGCUCAGAUGGCCAAUCCUGUUCCUGCUGUAUGAGGCAUAUCUCGACUUACAGGCUACGCAUCACGGAAAUCAAUGAUCUGAAUGAAUACCGUCACAUUGUUGACUGGUGUGAGAAUCUCGACAGGCUUCCAGUCAAUUCCAAGUUGUCACGUUCUUCUACAAAAGAAGGUGUCAUCACAGAUUGUGGUCUCUAUCACAGGGAGCACGAGAACAGUCCCGGCGAGUCCAAUACUAGGUCUAUCAGCACCAGUGGGUCCGUUUCAAGACUUGCUACCGAUUCAACAGGUGCCUCUUUCGAAUCCGAUCUCUUCUCAGACUCGGAUUCUUUGGAAGAUGUUGGGCCUUUGGACAGAAAUGAUGAAAACUUUUCAAUCCUGGAUUCCGUUGUUCAGACUCUGCUUUCGGGGUUCCGGGAAACGUCCGAAGCAAGGAACAGACUAGGCCAGAGUGAAACAUCGUCUGGGUCGACACCGGGAAAUUUCAAUCCUGGUACCGAGCUUCUUUCCACAACCCUUCCCCUGAAAACGCGUCGCAAGAGGCAGCGCGGACAAAAUGACGAAGAGGGUUCCGAAAAUGAAGAUAUGCCACCAGCUUCCAAAAGAACGAACUCGUCUCGAGACACAAAACCGCAACCCCGGUUCGCGUGCCCAUACUGGAAACGGAAUUCUGGCAAGCAUCGUGGUUGUUUCUCCAAGAUCCUGAGGAGGAUACGAGACGUCAAGCAACAUUUGGCAAGGAAACAUACUCCCGAAUUCUACUGCGAGUGUUGUUUUGCCACAUUCGAGGACGAGGAAUCUCAUCGAGGACAUGUUACACAUACAACAGGAGAAGUUUGCGUUCAUGAUCCUUCUGUGGUGCUAGAUGGAAUUACCCAUCAACAACAUCGACGCCUAUCGCGGAAGUCAGACUGGAAAGUUUCGGAGCAAGAGCAAUGGUUCUCGGUUUGGGAUAUACUAUUCCCAGGAGCCCAGCGGCCUGAGACGGCAUAUCUUGACUCCAAGCUAUGCGAGGAAAUCAGUGGGUUCCGGGAGUACUGCUUCCAACAUGGACCUGCUACACUAGAUCAAGCGCUGAGUGGCGGAGUCCCUGAAAUCGAGAGAAGACAACAGUUGGUGAGGAUAUGCCAAACCGGAUUCGAGCAGCUAUUUGAAGCAUGGCGUUCCAGCCGCGACUUAAAUGCAGCCUCGUCGCGCCAAGCCUCUUCCUCCACAAGCCAAAGCAAUAGUCAAGACAGCAACACACGGCCACCGCAAUGUCAACCAACGCCCAAUUCUUCUCUGGACAGUACUGUGCUCACGGCUGGAAAUCCUGUUGCCAACGCCUCUCAAUUUCACGACUCAAUGCUGAAUCCCCUUCCGGUCCCGAUCUACCAGCACCCGGGCGAUAUUCUACAGCCACCUCAGCUGUCACUGGGAGACGUUUCGAACAGAUAUUCUCGACCAUUGGUCCAAGGGGAUCGACACGACUUUUCGGAUCUCUGCUUUGGAACUUGGCCUCUAUUAGACGAGCCAGGCCUCGGAGAAACGCUCCUCAACCCAAACGUGUGCGACUCCGUAAUACCCGAUUCCAGCGGUUUGGAUAUUGAGGAGUUGCUGGACUUCAAUAGGUUUUGA